UGGAAGAGAACAGAGUUGUUGGAAUAGGAAAGAGUGCGUGCGCAUUUUCCAUUUUCCCUCGUCGUUUUAGGAAACCCAGCAGACUAAACACGCUCACCCCGUUGUUUAUAUUUUCCUGAACAGGAAGCCGGAGAGAAAGCUGCGCGGCUGGUUGCAGCGCAAUCCUUCCCUUCCUAUUUCUCUUCAACUCUACAUCUCGCCGUUUUUGACAGAGGUUAUAAGCUUUCUCUUUCUCUUUUUUUCUCUCGACAAUGGAGGCCCUACGGCUGGCGUCAUCGCAGCCGCCGCUUCUCCGCCACAAGUGGGUCGCGCCAGCUGCUCCUCAAGCUGGAAGAAUGCGCCCCGUCAAGCCGUUUAUCAAGGCAUCUGUUUCCUCCAGAUCAACGGCCGAUGUUGCGCCCACCACUGUUACUCCCCGCGAAACACAGCCGUUGGCGGCUCCCCGCAAGAAGGUCUCCCCGAAUUCCCUGCAGUAUCCGACCGGUUACCUGGGCGCUGUACCGGACCGUACGGUUCUCGAUGCUAGCGACAAUAUUAUUAAUGCUAUGGGCUAUUUGACGAACAUUCUCUCCUCGAAAGUGUACGACGUUGCUAUUGAAUCGCCGUUGCAGUUAGCGCCCAAGUUAUCGGAGAGGUUUGGCGUUAAGGUUUGGUUGAAGAGAGAAGAUUUGCAGCCCGUUUUCUCGUUUAAGCUUCGUGGGGCUUACAAUAUGAUGGCAAAACUUCCCAAGGAACAGUUGGAAAGGGGAGUUAUCUGCUCAUCAGCUGGAAAUCAUGCCCAAGGGGUUGCACUAGCUGCCAAGAGACUGGGAUGUAGUGCUGUGAUUGCUAUGCCUGUUACCACACCAGAGAUCAAGUGGCGAUCAGUUGAGAAGUUGGGUGCAACAGUUGUUCUUGUAGGAGAUUCUUAUGACGAGGCACAAGCAUAUGCUAAAAAACGUGGCAAAGAGGAGAGUCGGACUUUCAUACCUCCUUUUGAUCACCCUGAUGUAAUUAUGGGGCAGGGAACAGUUGGAAUGGAAAUUGUGCGUCAAAUGCAAGGUCCCCUUCACGCAAUCUUUGUUCCCGUCGGAGGUGGUGGACUGAUAGCUGGUAUUGCUGCAUAUGUAAAGAGGGUUUCUCCUGAGGUAAAGAUCAUUGGAGUAGAACCCGCUGAUGCAAAUGCGAUGGCACUGUCAUUGCAUCAUGGGGAGAGAGUGAUAUUGGACCAGGUUGGGGGUUUUGCAGAUGGUGUAGCUGUUAAAGAAGUUGGUGAAGAAACUUUCCGAUUAUGCAAGGAAUUGAUAGACGGUGUAGUUCUUGUCAGCCGUGAUGCCAUCUGUGCAUCAAUAAAGGACAUGUUUGAGGAGAAAAGAAGUAUUUUAGAACCAGCAGGCGCUCUAGCGCUUGCUGGAGCUGAAGCUUACUGUAAAUAUUAUGGUCUGAAGGGAGAGAAUGUUGUAGCAAUAACCAGUGGGGCGAACAUGAACUUUGACAAAUUAAGAAUAGUGACUGAACUUGCAAAUGUUGGUAGGCAGCAAGAAGCUGUGCUUGCUACUAUCAUGCCAGAAGAGCCUGGAAGCUUCAAACGUUUUUGUGAACUGGUGGGUAACAUGAAUAUCACUGAAUUCAAGUAUAGAUGUAGUUCCAAAAAAGAAGCUGUGGUAUUGUAUAGUGUCGGGCUUCAUACUGUUGCUGAGCUCAAAGAGAUGCAGGAGAGAAUGGAAUCAUCUCAACUUAGAACUUUCAACCUCACAGCCAGUGACUUGGUUAAAGAUCACCUGCGUUACUUGAUGGGAGGAAGAUCCAACCUUCAGGAUGAGGUUCUUUGUCGAUUCAUCUUCCCAGAACGACCUGGUGCCCUGAUGAAAUUUCUGGACUCGUUCAGUCCACGCUGGAAUAUUAGCUUGUUCCAUUACCGCGGACAGGGUGAAACCGGAGCAAAUGUCUUGGUAGGAAUCCAGGUUCCACAGAGUCAGAUGGAUGAAUUCCGGACUCGUGCAGACAAAGUAGGGUAUGAUUAUGUUCUGGUAACUGAUGACGAUAACUUCCCACUCUUGAUGCAUUGAUAACUAGAAGUAUCCCUGAUAAAUUAUAGCUCGAGUUAAACCAAAUGGCUUAAUUCCGCAUCAUAAAAAGAGCUAGAAAAUUAAUAGAUUCCCGUUCUUCUCCAUUUUUAUAGCAGUUAGCUAGGACUGUUCUACGAUUGUUCUUUUCAGUCUGUGUAUAACUAGUUUCCGAUCCCGUCUGCCUGUAGUUGUGUAAAGACCAUUUAUUUGAAACAACUUGGUUUAGUGAAUUGAAGUCGUCUGUUUCCAAGCUUGCCAUCAAAUUGAAGUUGUUACGGCA